UAAAUAACGCAGCUUAACUAUCUAUUUUGGUUUGAAUCCAACUUUGCUUUGAAUUUCAUAUUGUUGUGGCUUUGGCACUACUAGUAAUGAACUUAUUGGAGUUUUUAUAGGCCAAAAGAUAGGAAAACCUGGGGGCCCCAGGACGUUGCGCCGGUUUGCCUCAAUGUAGCUACGCCACCGCCUAGAAAAUGAUCAAGUUAACUAAUAUUUUAGCAAUCUUGACAGAGAUAAGUGUAUUCAAACUUUUCUAGUUAUGGUAGUCAUGCCAACCCCAUUUUUCAGUGAUUUAUUUAGUUCCAUGUUGAGCUUGUACAAGAUAUGUAUAAGCUUACUAGGAAUUGAAAAGGCAAAAUAAUAUCGUAUCUACUGUACUUUUAGCAAAAUUACACAAUAGAAAAUUUUAUUAGUGGGAUAUUGUAUUAUUACUGAGCACAAAAUAUUUUUUUCAAAGUUAUCAACCAGAUCGAUUGAUUGAGCAAGACAAACAUUAAUGUUUCUGUGCCUUUGCUGAUUAAUGACAAUGAUCUGAUAAAAUAUUAAUGUAAAAUAAUUGUUAUUGUCAAGCCUGACCCAGAAAAACAAUUUAACAAAAUCAAAUUCAUUACCAUACCUCAAUUGAAAAGAAGAAAAUUGAAGUCAUGUUGAAAAAGUUUAACUCUAAUCGCUUUGCAGGUGAAUUUAGUCUAGCAAUAAGUGCAAAGAAACUGCUGGAGUCUAGAGAAUGCAAUCUUGAUUUGUCUGGAGUAUAUUCUGUUUCAAUCAGUGAACGAUGUGAUGAUAGUAAAGUUAAAUCUAUAAUGAAUGCUUUAAUGGAUUCUCAAGUUAGAAGACUGGGAUUAUAUAGAUGCAAUUUUUCAAAUGAAGGAGCAAAGGUUUUAGCCAAAGAUCUUCAUUUAACAAAUAUUGCUAUUCUGAUCAUCGACCAUAACAACAUCGACGGAAAAGAUGCCACAUACCUCUCUGAUAUUGUAAAACAUACCAGAUUAAUAUAUCUUGAUAUCUCUUGGAAUAAUUUAGGUGAUGAAGGUAUGAAAUAUAUUGCUGAAGGUUUGAAAAAUAGUGAAGUUAUUACUCUGUAUGUAGGAAAUAAUGGUAUCAGAAGUGAUGGAAUAAAAUAUUUGGCGGAUGUUCUACCAAGUACCAAUAUCACUUAUCUGGAUCUCAAUCAACAUUAUAAUUGUACUGGCAACUUCAAUGAGAUAGGAGAUGAAGGAGUUGAAUGUCUAUUUAAACAACUACAAUAUUCCAAUGUCUCUUUUCUCAAUUUAGAAAGCACCGGAAUAACUAGCUAUGGUGUGAAAUGUUUAUCAGAGCAUUUGGAAAAUACUUGUAUAACUUCCCUUUUUCUGAAAUUUAAUGACCUGGAUGAUAAUGCAACACAGUAUUUGAGGGCAAUCCUACCAAAAACUCUAAUAACUUAUAUUACAUACCCAUAUAUUGAUGAGAUCACUCGUAGAUAUAUGAAUGAGUUCAACAGUAUUCAUUAUCCAUCACCAAAUAAAACUAAAGAAUCCAAGGUGAAAUCCAUUUUUCUUAAAAUGGUAGCGCAAAACACCCAGACCCAUGAUUUGGAAUUUAUCAUUCCUGAGAUAAUAGGAGAUAUAGAUUUAGACGAAUAUGUCUACAUAAUAAAAGCAUUGAGUGAAAAACCCAUGUUAAGAGGGUAUAUUUUUGAUUUGAUCAGAGAGAACAAUUGCAACCACUACCCUCAAAUAAUCAAGAAAGUCAACGAGUUUGUAACAUCAAUCCAAAAGAAAUCAAUUGAAUUUAUUGAGAAAAUAUUGCCAACUUUGAUGGAAUCCACAAGAAACAACUUCGUGAAUAUUGUGAGAGAAUUUGAAAAUGCAAAUUUGAAUGAAGUUGUGCAGCAUCUACUUUUGCAUAGGGUUUUGUUCUAUGUGGAUGAGGAUGCAGAAAUUCUGCAUCCAUUCAUCUACAAGAUGUUGAGUAAAUAUGAGAUGCCAUUGUAUAAUGAGCGAAUCGAACCUAAUAAAAAGGAGAAAAUCAUUGCUUUCUUCCAGAUUCAUAGGGAAAUCGAGAGUGCAAACGAAAUAAUUGAAUUAUUAAAAUCAAAAUCUUGAGAAGCGAUUGAAAAGGCCUACUACGUUUAUUUUCUGAUAUUGGUAAUUCUCUCACAGUUCUUUGUUAAUUUAUACAUUAUCAAAUAGAAAGUGGAAAUAGGCUAUCCUAGUCAAAUGAAGCCACAUGUUUCUAGUAUAAUGGUCAUGAUUGUUGAGUUGAAGUUAAAAUACCUUAAACUAAAACUAUGAAGAGCAACCUGGAAAGCUAAUUACUAAUUUAUUUCUAUCAACUGUUCAUUGAUAAAGAUUUAUGUUGUUUGUGACUUUCAUAUUCUCUAUAAUUAUAUUAUUAUAAAUGUUUCAAUGUCAGACUAUACUUGAAUGACACAUCAUUCGAUAAUGAUACUUUGUAUUGGAAAUCAACAAUAUCAAGCUCUGGUUCUGGUAGAUUCGGUCUACCGUGUUAGUCCCGUUUUAGUCUGGGACUAAAUUAGAGCAAGACUGAAAAUCGAGUUUAUGUGCCGCGGCGUAGACUGACUGAACCUGAAUAUAUAUUAUUCUUGAUGAAUAUGAACAUUAUUUCUAGACAUUAUUAUAUCUGUAUAUGAUUAAUAAUAAUAAUAAUAAAAUAAUUAUGAAUAA